GAAUGCCCCAAUCAGGGAAAAGAGAGUUAAAAGUAAACCAAAUGUUCCUUGGCUCACUAGUACAAUUAAAAAACAAAUCCACGAACGCGAUCGCCUUAAAUCUCUUGCUAUUAAACAUAAAUCCGAAAAUUACUGGAACGCAUACAAAACCUCUAGAAAUCGCGUAACUGAUGCAUUGCGAGAAACAAAAGUAGCAUAUUAUAAAGGAGAAUUUAAGAAAGUCAAACAUGAUCCCAAACAAGCAUGGAAAACUGUGAAUAAAAUCCUAAACCGUAAACAUGAAAGUAGAGAAAUAAAUUGUCUUGAAACACAGAGAGGACAAAUUUCACAUCCAACGGAGUUAGCGAAGUGUUUUAAUAAUUAUUUCACCAAUAUUGGUCCAGAUAUUGCCAAAAAUAUCGACAAUGGUGACAGAAAUUUCAAGGAUUACAUCACGACAACAACUAGUAGCUUUAAUUUUCAAACAGUGUCUGAGUCGAACGUAUACAGACUUCUGUUAUCUCUAAAUCCUCGUAAAUCUACUGGAAUUGACAAAAUCCCGGCUAAAAUUAUUCGCAUUGCUGCUCCUGUAAUUACAAACUCAUUGACAAAAAUUUUCAAUAUGGCCAUUAUAAGUUCAACUGUUCCUUUUGAGUGGAAAAUAGCAAGAGUCACUCCCAUAUUUAAAAACGGCCCACGAAACUUAUUAAACAACUAUCGCCCCAUUUCUAUCCUCCCUGCAGUAAGUAAACUUUUUGAAAAAGUAUUAUACGAACAACUCCAUGAGUAUCUUGUUACACAGGAGUUGUUGUCCCCUCGUCAAUUUGGUUUCAGGAAGUUUCAUUCUACAGCCUCUGCUCUUUUAGAUAGUCCAAAUGUGCUGCGUUAAUGGCGCUCUGUCGGGCACGAAGUUGGUUACAUGUGGAAUCCCUCAAGGUUCAAUUCUUGGCCCACUCUUAUUCUUGAUCUACAUUAAUGAUCUGCCUAACAGUUUGGAGUACUCGUCGACAAGAAUGUUUGCCGACGAUACGACUCUAACUGUAUCUGGCAAGUCAAUCCAAGAUGUAGAGGUGGCCAUAAAUCAUGACCUUACCAACGUUAAACAAUGGCUUACUGCAAAUAGAUUAUCUCUUAAUCUAGUCAAAACUGAGUAUCUACUAAUAGGAUCUCG